AUGUCAGCGGACAUCAACGCCACCACCAGAGUCGGCGUCGGCACUCUUUCGCAGCUUCCAUCCUCGAACCGCGGCCCUGGCUCCCUCUACAGCUCACGUUCCGGCACGCCCAAGAACAUGGGCGACGCAAACAACGGUGGCGCCCACGCGCGGCACCCUCCGCCGGGCUUCGGACCCAACAAGAACGCUGGCUUCGGCAACCCAUCCGGUGCUGGCGGCGGCUUCAUGCUCCCGUCGUCCCCGCCGUCCGGCCAUGCGCAGGCCACCAGCGGCGCGAGCAGCAGCGGCGGCAACAACAAGAACGGCACCGGCAGCAACAGCAACUUCAUGUUCGGCCCAGGCAACAUCGACACCGGCCUCGCCGCCCCGCGUGCCAUGGCCCCGCCAUAUCCACGCCUGACCUCGCCCCAGCCGCUCGAUGGGGCCGUCUCGCCGUCGGCGCGCUCGCCGUCGCCCUCGAAGCGGGGCUUCAAUUUCCCGAUGGGUGAUCCGUCGGGGGGCAGCGACCGAUGGAACAGCAUCGGCCAGGCGGCAUCAUCGCGGUCCUUUGCUGUUGGCGCCGUCCAGCCGCGCAAGCAGUCGAACCAAGGUGCCAUUGGCAGUGGCAGCGGCGGCGGCAGUGGCAGCAGCACCGGCGGCGGCGGCCUCGGAGGCCCUCCGUCGAGCAACAACGCGUUUGCGCAGGAGCCUUUCCUCGGCUACAAUGAGCUCUUUUCGCCGACGUCGGCGCACCCGUCGGACAAGUCGACGCCGCUGUCGAGCAGCAACAAAGGCUCCAACAGCGCCGCUGGCCCCGGCAGCGACCGGUCGACCAACAUCCUCUCGACGUCGGAUCCUAUGCAGCUCGGCUCCAGCCACGCCGCCCUGCCCGAAUUCCGGGGCAUGUCGCUGCCCCCGCACCAGCAGCAGGCGUUGCAGCCGCAACAGGCGCAGUCCCAGGAUCCGGAUCCGUUUGCGCCCCGCUUCGACGCGGCCCAUCGUCCCUAUGGAGCGCCGGGGAGGGACGAGCAUCUGUCCUUUGCGGCCGGCCUUGGCGCCGGCGCACCAACUCCGCGGGCCAUCGACGACUACCACGGACGAUCGCCGUUUGGGCUGCCACCGACAGGGCCACCUCCGCAGCUCGGGCCUGGACCUGGACCUGGACCCGGCCCGGGGCAAGGCGGCAUGUCGAACCAUCUGCACGGCGCCGGCAACUUGAGUCCACGAAGCAUGAUGCAGCUCCACCACCAACACCAGCAGCACCAGCAGACGCACCAACAGCAUCAGCAGCAGCAGCAGCAGCACGCGCUCAUGGCGCAGCAGGGGCAACAGGGCCUCCAUCAGGUCGGUGCCGGCGGCGCACCCGGCCAGAUCCCGCCCGAGGAGAUCACAACCGUCUUCAUCGUCGGGUUCCCCGAGGACAUGACGGAGCGCGAGUUCGCCAACAUGUUUCUGUUUGCCCGCGGCUUCGAGGCGUCCACGCUCAAGGUGCCGCCCGGUUCGAGCCAAGCGGGGCCCGGCGGCCGGCUUUCCGAGGGCGGUGGCCCGAUGGCGGGCGCCGGCGGACCCUACACGGCCGUCAGCAUGCCAGGAGCGGGGCUGUUUGACCUGUCCAACGCACCGGGCGGCGGGCCGUGGGAAGGCGAGCACGGCCUCUCGCUUGCCCUGUCGCGGGCCGGCGCGAGCGACGCCUUUUCGUCGCUGGCCAACAUGGGCGGCAUGGGGAACGCGCUGCCUGGUGGGCAGGGUGCGGCCAACCCGAAUGCGGUUGGCGCCAAGAUCAAGCAGAUUAUCGGCUUCGCCAAGUUCCGCACGCGCGCCGAGGCGCUCGAGGCGAGGGACGCGCUCAACGGCCGCAAGAUCGAUACCGAGAAGAACUGCGUCCUCAAGACCGAGAUGGCCAAGAAGAACCUGCACACGAAGCAGCGGCCCGUCCUGUCCAGCAUGGGUGGGUCAGAGGCCUGCAACGGUGCUGGCUUCCUGCCACCCUCUGGCGGACCCGCGCCGCCGCUGCCGCCGGGUGUCGGUCCGCAGCAGCUGCAGCAGCAGCAGCAAGCCCAACAGCAGAUGCAGCUGCAGCAGUCACAGUCACAGCCACAGCAGCAGCAGCAGCAGCAGCAGCAAUCUCAGCCAGGCCAGGGCUUCGGGAUGGGCCAGUUCGACCGUGACGCCUUACCUUUCCAGCAGCGCCCUCGUGGAGAGUCCCACGGCCUGGCCACCGGGCCGCCACCUCCCGGUUUCGGCCCCGGGCCUGGCUUCGGCGGCUUCCCGUCGAGCAAAGGACUCUCGUCCUUCGAGCCCUUAAUGCUGCCGGGCGGACAAGCCCCGGCCAACGGCAUGAUGUCGCCGCGCGACGCUUUCCGAGCCGAUCCGUUCGGACCAGCAGGCUCCUCGCACUCGGCCGCAACCAUGUUUGGCGGCGGCGUUGGAGGCAGCGGCAAGGCGCCUGGCAGCUCGACGUCGGAGCAGCCCGGCCGCCCAGGGCUUCUCGGCAGCGAAGCGUGGUCGUCGUCCAUGGGGCCGCUCGACUACUUUGGGCCAGAGGCGGGUCCGCCUCCGCCGAAUCUCACGCAGCGGCCUGGAAACGCGUCAGCCGCCGGCAGCGGCGGCAGCGGCACCCUCUCCGGUGGUGCUCAGCAGCACGAGCGGUCAGACUGGAGCGCCCUCGGCUCGCCGCCAGGCCUGGCCAGCUUGGGCGGCGCCGGACCUCGCCCGAACUUUGCGAGGCAAACAUCGCGCGGACCCUUUGCCAGCGGUGCCAUGGGCGAAGGCGGCUAUGCGGGGCCCGGUGCCCCUGGGCCGCCGCGUCCGGGGCCCGAGGAUUUUAGCCGUGGGGAGUCGACGUCGGGCAGCCGUAACAGCUCGUCGCCGCCGCAGGCAGGGACCGACGACCGGGACACGUCGAUGCCGCCGCCGCCGCCGCCGCAACAGCAACAGCAGCAGCAGCAGCAGCACGGAGGCGUCACUUCGCGGUUCGGUCAGCUUCGGCUCGGCUCCCCGACUCACGAGGGCGAGGCCGGUUCCGGUCCCAGCAUGGCAGCCACAGCCGCCGCCGCCGCCGCCGCCGCCGGUCCCGGCCAGGCGCGGGCCAUUGCCCAGGUCCCCAGCCCAGACCUCCCGAGCCCUACAGGCCGCGGCGGGUUCGUCGGGGACAACCACCCGCCGGUCAACACUCUGUUUGUCGGCAACCUGCCCAGCAGCGCCUCGAGCGCCGUGAUUGCGCAGAUCGAGGACCAGCUGCGCGCCGUCUUUGCGUCGCGCCGCGGCUUCCGCCAGUUUUCCUUCCGCCUCAAGAGCAACGGGCCCAUGUGCUUUGUCGAGUUUGAAGAUGUCCACUGCGCCUCGGCGGCCAUGGCCGACCUCAAUGGCAAUACGCUCGGCGGCGCCAUCAAGAACGGCGGCAUCCGCCUCAGCUUUUCCAAGAACCCGCUCUUUCGCAUGAACUCGAACUCGUCGAUCCACCAGCAGCACCAGCAGCAUCAGCAUCAGCACCAACACCAGCAGCAGCAGCAGCAGCAGCAGCAGCAGCAGCAGCAGCACUAG